AUGACAACUAGAACGGGGUCCAAGCCGGCGCAGAUAGGAAACCACGCGGAACCUAGGAAUGAGAGUGAAGACGCACUCAUUGAGCGAGAUACGUCGCUGGUUGAAGACGACGGAGACGAGGGGAACAGUCCAGCAGAAGCAUGCGGUGAAGAUGAUGGAGGAGAAGUCCAUGGCGAUGCAUUGAAAGAUGGGAAGCCGCCACCGGAUAGAGAACCAAUUAAGGUUACCCUCAAGAACAUCAAGUUCCGGAAGAUGGCACCGCCUGAUCCUCCUCCACCAUCCUCAGGAGACUCGUCUCCAGACUCGAGCGAUAGUGAUUCUUCGGAGCUUUUGUCUGAUGCAGAGGAGGAUUCGGAUGACACGGAAAUUUGUAAGCUUGACUUCGCAUCAAGGAAAUUUUCCAUGGGUUGUAAAGCCAGAAACAACACCAAACCUCCUCACAUGAGUUGA